GAAUACGCUGAUAAUUUAUCAACUAAUUCAUGUAUACAUAGUGAUGUCCCGUCAGUGUUGCUUUGCACUUCGACUUGAGUGGCCAACCUGUCACUGUCGUGGACUUAACUUCAGUGCCUAAAUGGGAAUUAAACGGAUACUUACAAAUAUUACUAUCGAUAUGCAUCAUCACGCUGUUAAAAGAGCGAAAAUGGAAAGCAUUCUACCAAGUGAAUAUUAUCCUACAUUCUUUGAGGAACUCGAGCUGCACAAUUCACCCAUGUCAUUUGCAAGUGAGGACAUCUGGAAAAAGUUUGACCUUCCAACACCACCACUCUCACCCAGUCAUGAUGGUGAUGAUGGUUGGGACUUGGAGAACGUUGACAUGCCAUUUGACAUUGACACAGAGGAUUUGGUUCUGUUUGAUGACGAAAAAACAGCAGAACUCCUCAAAGAUGUUGAAGAGUCGUUUCCAGAGUCUCCACCAGGCCCUGAUCUUGAUAUCAUAAUGACUUCUGAAAACCUAGCAUCAAACUUGAUUCAAGAUAUAAUGUGGUCUGCACCUUCAAGUCGCAAUGACGGAAUCAUCUCCAAGAAGUCCACAACUGAGAGCACACGCCAGAGGUGCAACUCCUGCUCAGCGCCACCAACUGAUACAAAAUGCGUAGCUCCAGACGAGGUCCUCAUGGAGACAACUAUGACCGGUCAAGUUGCUAAGACCAGUUUCCACAAUCAUGGAAUUGAGACCCCAUCAGAUUCUGAGGAAGAGAUUGAUGUAGUCACAGUCGCUGAUAAGCAAUUCAGCACUUUCCCUGUUAAGAAGAAAUGCACUUCUGAGGAUGAAUGGAGCAGCCCAGAAAUGUGCAAGACCAAACCUCCUACAGUGACUUUUGAAAAUAAGCCUGUGCAGGUUCAUCAUAUAGUCACAAAAUACUCUAAUACUAGUGUAAGGCAGCGAGUAGAUUGUCCCACAGAUGUUCAUAACUACAGUUUACCCGUGACUUCAUUAAAACGAGUGCAUUCAUAUCCUAGUUCACCAGUGACUCAUAAGAGCAAAAAAAUUCGCAGGGAUAUUAGUAUACCAUCAGAGUUGAGAAAGGUUGCACAAAAACUGAAAUCUUCUGUUGGAAGUUGUAGUAGAAACUCUAGUGAUUCUGAGGAUAUGUGUGAUGCUGGAAAACGGACACAACACAAUGUGCUUGAGCGUAAACGAAGAACGGACUUGAAAAACAGUUUCUUUCACCUCAGAGACUCUGUUCCAGAUCUAGAGGGUCAGGAACGUGCUGCUAAGGUUGUCAUUCUCAGGAACGCUUCACAGUACAUCAUCAGACUCAUUGAAGAGCAAAGACAGAAAGAACGUGAAAUUGAACAAUUGAAGCUUAAAAAGGAAAAGCUGAAGAGGCAUUUAUCAAGAUUGAGGGAUUAUUGAAAUAAUUCUUUGCAUAAAAUCGAACUCUAAAACAAAAACUACUGUGGAUUGUUAUUGAACUUAUCCAGUAUUUUUUUAGAUACGACUUGUUUGCUGUGUGUGAUAGGGCUAUAUGAUACUGCUAUUUGAAGCUGUGUUCAAAAUUUGUGUUCAUUUUCACUGCCGUUUAUCAUUCACCUAGCCCAUUAUUUGAUUUGCCCCCCAAGACUAGGUUUGUAAAGCAUUAUUAUAAUAGAUUAAAUAUCAUAUGAGUAUUAUUUUGUGCUUGUAAUUUACUUCACAAGAGUUUAAAGUGCUUUUUAAAUUACGAUGGAAUUGCCACAUAUUAUUUCAGAGCAUCUUUCAUUGUCAUGUGUUGAUUGUUAAAUGUGUAAGGCUGUGUUCAAGGUUAAUUGAGUGAUAAAUAUUCAUGUAUUGUGUAUAACCUGUUGUGUUUGAUUGUUUAACUUUAUUUAGUUCUAUUUCUACAAGGGUUUUUAGAUUUUUUAUCCCAAUACAUUUUUUAUGUUUCAUGUAUUCAAUGGGUUUGAAAAAAGGAAUUUGAUUUUUUAAUAUUGAUUCUUUGUACUGUUGUUAAUUGAUUGAUAUCAUAUUAAAAUAAAGAGAUGACUGUUAUUGCAAUUCUUUAUAUGUUCAGUAUGCUUUUUCAGGAAUGCUUAAUUUGAAACCAUGUAAUUAUACUUUGUUAAUUUUGUUAAGUGUUAUCAAAUCCCAUUAUUUACUUGUGAAGCUGAUUUUAUUUUGAAUGAUUGACUGGAAUUGUGCAACAAAGCUCGUGUUGCUUUUUGUGUAAGAUGCUUUAAUAUCUAUCACCUGUACAAAGUUUGGGUUGAAGUUACUUGGUUGAACUGUUCAGUAGUUCUUUUUUCUCUUAUUCCAUUUUUAUUGUCUUACAUUCGUCUGCAAGCAGCAGCCUUUUUAUUAACUCGCCAUAAAGAUACAAGCCGAUGCAAGUGUCCUGGGCAUUGCAAACAAUUUCACCAUUUAUCUGAUCAUUUUACAUGGAUGUGUUCAUUUUUUAUAUAAAAAAAACGCAUUUAAAUUAAUUAUGAACUUGAAUUGGUUUGUUUGUUUGAUGUGUUUGUUUAAUAAUGUUUUUGAUCCAACAUUCUGUCAAUUUUUAUAACAAAAGGAAAAUAAAUUCAAAAUAACAUUAAAAGCGAAUCCGGUA